AUGGAGGGUGCACGAAAGAAAGCUGUGAUUGCUUAUGCAGCAAUACAAGCAGUGAAGAAGAAGAGAAACCGUCGUCAGCUUUGGGUUCACCCUAUAAACAACAACAGAUUGUUGCAGGGCGAGUUUUAUACCCUUUAUGAAGAAUUAAAAGCGGACCAUGGCAAAUUCUUCAAUUACUUUAGGAUGUCAUACCCAACCUUUGAGGAACUUGUGGCAAGGGUUACGGAUGAUAUUAAACUGCAGGACACAAACAUGAGGCCAUCUAUUCCACCUGAAGAAGCAGUGGCUUUAAGCAUCAGGUAUCUUGCCUCUGGUUGCAGCCUGACGGAUCUCCACUACAGGUACAGAAUUGGUAUAUCUACAGCCUGCAAAGUUGUAAGAAGAGUGUGUUGUGCAAUAUGGGACAUGAUGAAGGUGGAGUGUUUUCCCCAACUCGAUGAAGAGGAGUGGCUGAAAAUUGCAGCAGGGUUUGAGAAACAUGCUCAUUUCCCUCACUGCAUUGGUGCAGUAGAUGGGAAGCAUGUUCGGAUUAUUAGACCUGAGCAUAGUGGUUCAAUGUUUUUCAAUUACAAAACCUAUUUUUCCAUUGUUAUUUUGGCUGUGGCUGAUGCUAAUUAUUGCUUUAGGUAUGUUGACAUAGGAUCUUAUGGCAAACAUGCAGAUUCAACCAUCUUUCAAGAAUCAAAUUUAUUUAGGCAGAUUCAGCAAAAUGUAAUGAAACUCCCACAGCCUCAACUUUUGUCAGGCUGGAAUGAGGUGCUGUCUUAUGCUUUUGUUGGGGAUGAGGCUUUUGGAUUAUCUGUGAAUUUGCUUCGCCCAUACAGCGGCCACAACUUGACAAAUGACAAGAAAGUGUUUAAUUAUAGACUCUCACGUGCAAGGAGGUAUGUCGAAUGUGCGUUUGGAAUACUUUCAAAUAAAUGGAGAAUUUUCCACAGGCCCCUGAAUGUGAAUGUUGACUUUGCUAUUGAUAUUGUCAAGGCAUGUUGUGUCUUACAUAAUUUCGUCAGGCAGAGAGAAAAAGUAAAUUUUGCAGAUAUUUUAGAAGUCAAUGGAUUUGAAGAUGUAGAUCAUGCAGUGCAGGUAUGGCAGGGAGGUAGGUAUGCAAAAGAAAACAGGGACAAAUUCUGCACCUACUUCAACAGUGAGGCCGGAAAACUACCAUGGCAGUAAUAAGACAAUAUAAGAAAUUGGUAAUAACAUGCAUGAUAAAUGUGAAAAAAAAACUUUCAUUACUAUUGCAUUUAUGUUAUAAAUGUACAAAACGAAAAUAAAAUUACUGACCAAU